AUGGCUGCUGUUGCUCCACCAGUGCCCCCUGCUCCGGGCAGUCCACUGUCAGACUGGGAGUACGAGCAGUUCUUUGCAAGGCUAUAUCCCCCUCGGAAAGCAAACAAGUUCUGCCUGCUGCGCCAGGCUCAGGGCUGCCUCAGCCCCAUCAUCCUGCAGCUGGACCAGGAUGAGAACCACGGACAAAUCCCCAAAGGGCCAAUCUGCACUGAAUUUCCAGAGGUCCUGCAAUUUCAGACCUUCUGCCAGUUUGCCCACUACCGCUGCCUCAGAAAGAAGUUCUACACCAAGCGAGUCCCAUGUUUGCCUCUAAGGAAGCCAUUCCAAAUGAAGCAAUUUCACACAGUGAACUCCUUGGCAGUGGGCAAAAUCACCCCUGACAAAGCAGCUUUGGAGCAGGCUUCUCUGUCACCUGAUAAUGCCCUGCUGCGUGACAGCAUGGAAACACUCCUGAAAUACGCUUACACGCUGUUGGAUCAGAAAUCACUGUCAGCAAAGUCCCUCCCAAGCACACCAGAGGUGACAAGGCCCUCACAGAAGACUGUGCUCCCAUCAACCGUGCUGGUCCCGGUUGCCACUACCACCUUGCCUCCCAGGGUGGAAUCCCCUGAAGACCAAAGCCUGAAGGACACCAUCCAGCGGCUGAUCAAUUCAGCCCUCUCCUUGGAUGCAUCCCAGGCCAUCAAGGACUCUUCUUGGGAUGUCAAGUCAAAGGCACAAAACUUCUCAGUGCAGGAAAAAAUCCCCCGUGGCAGCCUUUUAGCCCUGAAGAAUCGUGAGGCAGUGCUGGUCCUGUGUUAUGCAGUGCUGGAGGGAAACUGUCUCUCAUCAAUGCUCACCCAGGCCUGGAAGGAGAUGGAAAAAAGAGUCUUUGGGUUCGGAGACUCGGUGUGUGACAACCUUGGGCGGCGUCACACAGACCUGUGCCCCAGCUGUGCUUUCUGCUCACUGAAGAGGGAGCAGUGUCAGAACAUCAAAACCCUGAACCGUGUUCGCUGCAAUACAAGUGGCUUCUCCAGCUAUAUCAACUCUCAGAUCUCAGCCCAGCACCGGGAUGCACAAAAUAUGACCAGUUCCCCAGAGCCCCUGGAGUACUAUGGCAUGGAUCUUUUCAAAGGGCUGAGGUCGGAGUACUGGUGCAGCCAGAUGGCCAUCCAUGGCUGUGAGGACUCUAAUGUGACCCUCUGGCUGAAGGCAGAGUACGCUGCCUUCCAAGAUGGAGAUGCCUCAGGCAAGAUAUGUGACUCAAGUGGAGUACAGCACCCCAACUACUGCAUGUUCAAGAGCCACCAGUGCCUCCAGAUGAGCAUCUACAACCAGAGGGUGACUCGUCGUGCAUGCAAGAGAAAUGAGACCUACCGGGUGCUGAGUGUGAAGGAAGGAGACAACGAGGUGCAGCUGUGGCAUGACAAGUUCCUCAACCUCUCCAAGCAGCAAUCAGAAAAUUAUUAA